AUGGCUUCCUCUGCAGCUCUGACCACCCGGGCUGCGCUCAGCAGCCAGAUGCUCUCCGAAUCCCCCAGCGCUUUCGGCGCCAAGUCUACCCCCCUGCAGCUUGCGUCCCCCAUCUUUGGCCGCAAGCUGGCUGCUCCCAAGGCGCCCGCACAACAGCUGAAGGCCAGGUCUUCCGUUGUGACCGCCGCCGUCGAGUGGAAGAACGUCCCUGGGAAGCUCCGGACUAUCAGCAUUGGGGACGGGGGUGCGCUUAUUGGCACAACCGUCACGAAUGAUAUCUACCACUGGACGAACAACAAUUGGGCAGUCCAGUCGACAGGAAAGUUGAAGCAGAUCUCCACCGGAGCCAAGGGCCACUGGGGCGUAAGCCCCAGCGACGAUGUCUGGCACUGGGAUGGGACCACGUGGAAGAAUGUCGCUGGCAAGCUGAAGCACGUGGCCUCCGGGAAGGAGGUGUGGGGUGUCAGCGCGGACGAUCAGAUCUGGAAGAGAAACAACAAGCCAGUCACAGACACCGGACUUUGGGACGUCGUCCCCGGAAGGCUGGCGCAGAUUGACACCAACGACUUUGGCGACGUGUGGGGUGUCAACGCCACCAAGCAAGUUUUCCGCCGCGUUGACAACGAGUUUGUGUACGUCCCCGGGCCUGGUGGCCAGGACAUCAUCAAGCACGUGACGACUGGCGUCAUGGGCGUGUGGGCUGUCGACACCAACGACGUCAUCUACCGCUGGGUGCUGAGCGACUCCAAGGAUGGUGCCUGGCACAGGGACCCCAAGGAGGGCCGCCUCCGGAACAUCGACUCCGGCUACGACUCAGUCUGGGGAACCAGUCACGAGGACAGCAUCUGGAAAUACACCAUCACGCACCCCUAAGCCGCGCCGCAGCUUUGACAGUGAUGUAAGAGCCGGAAGAGAGAUUACUCUAGGCACGCUCGCGAUCAGCCCGCAAUGUAAUACAAAUC